AUGGAUCCUGGUCGCAAGAGGAUAGGCUCCAUCGCAGAGUCUGCUACGUCGUCUACUCAGCGGAGUAAACGCGCCAAAUACGCGCCUGUAGCUUGGUACGCGACCUUCCCUGUCCUGGGUACUGAGAUGAAAAGUGCUGACCUUGGUAGUAAUGAGUGUAAGAAGAAGAAGCUCAAGUGUGUGAGGGACGAGGGCGAUGAGAUCUGUAAGAGAUGUGAUGUUAAUAAAGUCGAAUGCAUCUUUGCGCCUACGGCUCAACCACCAAAAGAAGAUGCUGAGCCGGCGCGAAGACGCUCUACUCAAGAACCUCAAACAGACGUCGGAUCUCUAAGCCAACAAGUAAUCGCCCUUCAGAACCAAGUCAACGCUCUUACGUCAGCUCUCCAAGAUGUAUCCCAGCGUCUCCCGCACAUGACCCUGUCCUCCACAAAGUCCACUCCCCAAGGCCACCCAUCCACAUACCGCAAAGACAUCCGCAACGUACACACUGAACCGCGGGAGCCUCAAUUCGUCGGUCCAACGCGCUCAGCGUACAGUUUCCAGAUCGCAGAAAAUUCCCUAACCGGCAUGGGAAUAGAGCCAAACGCUACUGGGGCAAGCACACCCGCUGAAUCGCCUAGUGAGACUGAACCUGUUGUUGAGAGUGAGCAUCUCUCACCGGGUGUUGAAGAUGUAGAGGUUCUGGCGAGUUUGGGAAUUGCAGAGGUUCAGAGGCUGUUGGAUGUUUAUAAUGAGGAGAUUCAGAGCGUUUAUCCGUUCAUAGACGUUAAUGAGUUGUCAACCAAGGCUGUUUCGGUUUUUCAGACGCCGGGGGAGAAUACGCUUAAGGAUGUGCAGGCUAUCAAGUUGGCGGUUGCUACGUCUGUUGCUAUUGAGGCGCAGGGGCUGAAUAAUAUCAGCAAGAAGUUGAUCGAUGAGGUUGAGCCUGUUAUUUGUAGGAUAUCGGGCGAGGCGUUUAUCGACAUUCAAGAACUUCAACUCAUGAUUAUGCUGAGCAUCUACUGGUUUCACUGCGGAGAAGACCUCCUCGCCUGGAGAGCCAUCGGUAACGCCGGUCGUGAAUGUCUCGAAAUCGGUCUCCACCGCCGAACCUCACUCUUUGAAAACUUUAAGAACCCAUCCGAACGAGAUUUAGCACUUCGUUGCUUCUGGUGUGUAUACAUUCUCGACCGAAGGUGGAGUUACGGCACUAGCCUAUCAUUCGGCAUUUCCGAUCGGGACAUCGAUCCCCAAUGUCCAGAGCCAAGUGAGCAGCAUCCAUAUCUUCGAUGCAUGGUCUCCUACGCCAAGCUGUGCUCUAAAGUCUGGGAGGAGCUACCCCUUGAUUCUUCACCCUUCACAGUUCCAAAGGAUAAAGUCGACUUCUUUGACUUUCUAACGCAGAAAUGGUUUCACUCUAUACCUGAGGAUUUACAGCUCGUGUAUCCUCGACUCUCACAAGCUCCGCGUCAUCAACCUCGAGUUUUACAACGCUUGAGAACGCUCCUUUAUCUAAGAGGCAACUACAUCCGAAACUUGGUCCUGCGACAUCAUGUCAUGAGUGCUGAGAAUUUACGCUCUGACAUGCAGGGCGCUCAACUGGUUGUCAGUCUCGCACAGGAUACAAUCCAGGUUCUAGUGAAUCUUAACGAGACAAGUGACAUCUACGCUCGGCAGAAAGCAACGUUUAAUUAUUUCCUCCAAGGCGCUCUGGCAACAAUCCUUCUAGCAGUAUGUCACGGCCCAGAUGUCUUUGCCGAUCGAUGCAGACAAAGUUUCCAAGACGCCGUCCGUCUUUUGAAGAAUCUAUCUCAGCACGGACAACUAGGUCGACGACUAUGGCGCUCGCUAAAAGGGACGAUCCAUCGCGCUUUAUCGCUAGAAUCACCAAUCACACCGACGGGAAACACAGCACUUGCGGAGAUUCUGCAGCAGGAGACGCCAGAGGUUCGACAGCAGCAGACGCUGGUUCCGACGAAUUGGCCGAGGAAUGGACUGGGGAGUAAUUUUAUGGAUGAGAAUAUGACGGAUAUGUUUGGGCUGGAGACGGAUUUGCUGAAUUUGUUUAGUGCGUUUGAGCAGGAUAAUAUGUUGAGGCCGGUGAGUCAGGUCAAUGGGCUUGAUCAACCUGCGGCAUUGCCGGAUCAGAAUGGGGGUGUUGGGCAGGGCGAUGAUAUGGGUCGUUUCAAUGGGGGGUUCUAG